UUGAAAAACACAUUCUACAAUUAAAGACAAUUGUACUCCAAUUUUAGAGGUAAUUUGUCAUUCCAUUUGUUUUAUUUAUUGUUUUUCGACUUUUAACCUUGUGAAUUUUAGAGGAGUCCGACUCCGAUUACAUUUGCAUUUCUCAAAGGAUGAGCUCUACCUAGGCUAAAAUUAAAAGCAAACUGUAAUAACAUAAAAAUAGAUGGGCUAGUCUUAGAGAAUUGAUGAGAAGUCAACAAACUAGUUGUGAAUUCUAAUGAUGGAAUAGCAAGUCGGAAAUUAAGAGCGUCCUUUGGUAAUAACCCCAUUUUAGACAACUUAUUAGGUUGGUUUGGCUGUCCUUUACCUCAACACACCUCUCUAAUAAGCCCAUUCCCACCUUGAAGAUUAAGGAAGUUGAACCAAUCCCCAUUUGCCGGUGAAAGAGAGUUUAUGUUUCAUUUUUCAUCAUCUCUCCUCCACCUCCUCCUCAUCAGGCGGUAGAUGAUGAAGAGGAGGGUGAACCCCGAAAACCCUUCUUCAGAAUCUUAGUAAGAGGAAGAAAACAAAGAGAUUAUAUAUUAGUUUAAGCAUUAGCUUUUUGAUCAAUUUUUUAAAACUAAAUUUUACACAGAGAGAAAGAAACCCUUUUGAAAGAGAAGAUCGGUACAAAUAAAUUCAUCAGCCAAGAUGAAUGAUUUGUUCUCGAAUUCCUUCAAGAGGUACACGGAAUUGAAACGCCAGGCAUACAUGGACGACGUGGAGGCUGGAGGAGGAGCUGGAAACCAUGCUGCUAAUCUUGAUAGCUUCUUUGAUGACGUUGAGAAGGUCAGGGAGGACAUGAGGAACGUCGAAAAGCUGUACAAGAGAUUACAAGACUCAAAUGAAGAGAGCAAGACCGUCCACAAUGCCAAAACCAUGAAAGAACUACGAGGCCGGAUGGACUCAGAUGUUGCUCAGGUGUUAAAACAGGUCAAGAUCAUCAAGACAAAGCUAGAAAAUCUAGAGAAGUCCAAUGUGGAACACCGGAAACUCCCAGGGUGUGGACCGGGGUCAUCUGCAGACCGAACCAGGGUUUCAGUGGUUAGUGGAUUGGGAAAGAAACUCAAGGACAUGAUGGAUGCGUUUCAAGGGUUAAGAAACAAAAUGACAGAAGAAUACAAGGAAACAGUUGAACGCAGAUACUUCACAAUUACAGGAGAGAAAGCGAGUGAAGACACCAUUGAGAACUUGAUAGCAAGUGGAGAAAGUGAGAGCUUCCUGCAAAAGGCGAUUCAGGAUCAGGGUAGAGGUCAGAUUAUGGACACCAUAUCGGAAAUUCAAGAAAGGCACGACGCAGUAAAAGAGAUAGAGAAGAACCUGAUUGAGCUUCAUCAAGUGUUCUUGGACAUGGCUGCUUUGGUAGAAGCACAGGGUCACCAGCUGAAUGACAUUGAAAGUCAUGUAGCCCACGCAAGCUCGUUUGUGAAACGAGGGACUGAGCAGCUUCAGGAUGCCAGAGAAAUUCAGAAGAGCUCCAGGAAGUGGAGAUGCCUAGCUGUAGUCCUUGUUAUCGUCAUCCUCCUCGCCAUCCUUUUGCCACUCUUGCGUUACCUGCCUAGCAAGAAGCAGCCACUGCCGCCUCAGCAGCCUGGUUACAAUGCUACUGCCGGUGGCGGCGACCCAACUCAACUGAAUCAAACCAAUACUACUUCCGUCGUAGGCUAAAACAAUCUACUUUCAUUUUUUUUUAAAACAUAUCUUUUUCUUUUUCUUGUCAGAUGACCAUUAAUUGACAUAUUUUCAUAUCCUUACUAAUACAAUCAUAUUGGGUAGAGUAUAUUAGCAUAUUGUAUCUCUAUUACUAACCAUGUUUGAUGUUCAUAUAAUGCACGAGUUUGGGUU